CGCGAAUCCACCACAAAAUGCUCCUUACAUGGAGAAAGUCGAAUCUCGGGUCUGCCCAGCACUGUGCUGGUAAGGCCAAUCAACGCACAGCAGAUGGGUUCCAAUGCAUGCCCCUUCCCUCACUCACCAACCAUCUUGUGUGUUCGUGUGCCUGCCUCGUCGUCCGGGCAGGUGCGUGCACGUGUGCGUGCGAAGCUGCCGGGACCAGUGAGCACUCGGCGACAGCAGCUGCCGACGUGGCAGCCCUCAUCAGACAGCACGGACCCACCAAAGACAGCGUCGUCGCCUUCAUCCAUGCGGCCGGCGCAGCCACUGACAAGAUCCGCCUUCUCGCCAAGCUCAUCGAGGAGGACGCCUCGCUCGUGACCACCGCCAAGCUGCACUGGUUCUGCGAGCGGCCAUGGCUGGACAUCAUCCUGUUCCUUCUGCACAGCGGAGCCCACGCGACGGUGAACGAGGUGGAUGGAGAGGGCCUCACGCCUCUGGCCAAGGCUGCCAAGAAUGGCGCCACCUGCGAGACGUUGCGGACGUUGCUCGUCUGGGGCGCGUCGGCACCGCUGGCCGGCGGCAUGCUGAAAGUGAACGCCGAUCUGCGGUCGGUAACACACAUCGCAUCGCAUCGCAGCACGGUCCUCUCUAACUGCAUUCGUUCGUUCAGGUACGCGUAUGCCAUGUACCUGCGAGUCGAUCUGCAGCAGGCCAUCCGCUCGGCCGUCCACAGCACCUUCCAUUCAGUGGCCGUCACCGCCCGGCUGCUGGAGACCCUCGACAGCCCCGCGCGCCCCUUCCCCGUCAGCGACGCCGGCGUCGCUUACACGAUCGCAUCCUUCCUCCUAGACCUCAAGGCCAUCCACACACACUUCCCCAAGGGAGAUGCCCUGACGCGCCGCAUUCACACGGCCCUCUUGCAUGCGGUGUGCUCGACGGCGUCCACGUGCGGCAACAAGCUGGCCGCGGCAGAGACGCAGGCGCCGGAGCAGCAGUGCUUUGCUGUGAAGGACCUGUGUGGCCGGCGGCUGUGUCUGCGUGAGGUGGUGCGGCAAGCGGUGAGGAGGGGUCGGGCGGGGGCCUUUUCGUUCCACUCCGGCCGUCUGUGUGCGCGAGUCCCAGUCCUGCCUCCGUCUGUCUGUGGUUCUUUCUUCUUUCAGGUUCGUGAGGAGCUGACGGUUUGGGGUUUGUCGCCGCUAUGUGAGGCAUUCGAGUGGCGGCGUUUGGGAGGUGUGGAGCGGGCCGGGGAGGGAGAGCGGUUCGUGGCCUUUGAUGGCCUGUGAGUAGAUAUGUAUGUAUCUGUGUGUGUGUGGUGGUUGGCCCCUCCCUCCCCGGUGUGGUCUCUGUGUGUUUGCGUGCAUUGCAAUCAUUGCUGUCCGUCUUGCGUGCAUAUUGUGUGGAUACAUACAUGUGUGUUAUAUAUGUAAUUGUAUUGUGUGUAUGCUCUGAUUGACUGACUGACUAGUGUGGUGUGGUGUGCAGGGAGGCCAUGCCAUGUGUCUUUAGGCAUGGGGUGCCUGCAGUAGGGACUGGCUUUGUCAAGCCUGCCUUUAUCA